AUGGCCACCGAAACCGCUGCAAAGAAACUCAAAACCGAGGGGCCUCUCAUCGGUACUCACAAUGGACACUUCCACGCCGAUGAAGCUCUAGCAGUCUACAUGCUACGCCUCCUCCCCGAAUACCACGCCUCACCACUCGUGCGAACCCGCGACCCCGAACAACUAGCCCAAUGCCACACCGUCGUCGACGUCGGCGGCGAAUAUGAUGCUGCCAAAAACCGCUAUGACCAUCACCAACGCACAUUUAGCACUACUUUCCCAAAUCACAGCACAAAACUGUCAUCCGCUGGUCUCGUGUUUAUGCACUUUGGUCGCGCGAUUAUUUCGCAGCAUACUUCUCUGCCUAUCGACCAUCCGGAUGUGGAGUUGCUUUAUGAGAAGUUGUACACUGAUUUCGUGGAGGCGCUGGAUGCACAUGACAACGGUAUCAGUGCAUAUGACCCUGCGGCCGUGAGCAAGUCUGGAUUGGAGAAGCGUUUCAAAGAUGGCGCUAUCAAUCUGGGGUCUCUGGUCGGAGACUUAAACUACCCGGACCCAGUCAUUGCAGGCGGCGAGCCACAGGAUGAGGACAGCCUGUUUGCGCGCGCAAGCACAUUUAUCGGUGACGUCUUUCUACGAAAACUCCGUCUCGCCGCUUCUUCGUGGCUUCCUGCCCGCGCCACUGUCGGUGAGGCCUACCGUAAUCGUCGAGAAAUCCACCCCAGCGGACGCAUAAUCAUGCUUUCAGGCGGCGGCGUGCCCUGGAAAGAGCAUCUAUACAACUUUGAGUCCGAGACCAAGGCCGGACAGGCAGAGGAAGUGUACUACGUUCUUUAUCCCGAAAACUCAGCUCCAGACGCCAAGUGGCGGGUCCAGUGCGUGCCGGAGUCUGAAGGUAGCUUCAUCUCUAGGAAGCCGUUACCGGAUACAUGGCGCGGCGUGCGCGAUCAGGAUCUCGACGGCGUGAUUGCCGCUGAAUUGCAAAAAGCGGGUAAAGAGAGUAUCCCUGCGGGCGCAAUCUUUACGCAUGCCAGUGGGUUCAUUGGUGGUCAUUCGACUAGGGAAGGCGCACUUGCCAUGGCCGUAAGGAGUUUGGAGAUAUAA